GUGUGCGUCCGUUUCCAUUUUCCCUCUCUUUUCGGUUGGAGACAGCUUUGCCGGAAAUCAUUCCGAGCUUGAUGCUAUCCAUCUUUUCUAUUCUAUCUAUAAAGAAUAAAAAUGUUUUAAAUUUUAAAAUUACGAAAUAAAAGCAACGGCUGCUUUUUUAUAUCAUGUGCUGGCCUUUCUCUCUCUUGCCAUCUCAGAGCAAGUCGGCAAUCAAGCAGAUUAAAGCUCGGAUCGACUUCAUCAAGAAGAGGAGGAAUGCUGAGCUCAAGAUUCUCAGGGGAGACGUUGCAGAUUUUCUGACUAAGGGCCAGGAUCUCAAUGCUUUUAAACGGGUUGAGAUACUUAUAAAAGAGCAGAACGUUACAUGUGGUUAUGAAAUGGUUGAGCAUUUUGGUGAAAGCAUUUUGAGCCAACUUUCAAACUUACAAAAGCAGAGAGAAUGCACUCCAGAAUGCAAAGAAGCGGUGUCAUCUCUGGCUUUUGCAGCAGCAAGAUUUUCUGACUUGCCGGAGCUUUUCACUCUCCGUAAUCUAUUUGUAAUUCGAUUUGGGGAUGUCGGGCAUAGCUCAGAUUCUUGUGUCGAUCAGAAGUUUGUAGACAAACUCUCAUCCAAGGAUCCAUCCACCAACACAAAGCUGAAGCUAAUGGAAGAAAUAUCUGAAGAGUUCUCUUUGAAUUGGGAUUCUGAGGCUUUUAGGAGAAAGAUCUUGAAUCCCAGUGUGUCGGGAUGUGAUCUUCCUCCGAAACAUAGUCCUCACCAGAAUAGAGUUGCAGCAUUCUCUCAUGUUCAGCAAAAUGGCAUGGAUGAUGCAGACUUGAAAAGCACUAAUAGAAAACCCAAGUCCUCUUCCAAAAGGCAUCAAAACAGAGAAGACAUGAGCAACUCACCCUCCAUUACAGGGCGAACGGGUCCUGCUUUGAAUGAUAGAACAAAGAGGACUCUUCCCCAAGAAGUGCGAGACGUGAAACCAAGCUAUUUGAGUAAUGCAUUACCUCCGUAUACUAAGCCAACGGUCAACAAGCAAGAUAUCAAAAACGAAACUGUUAAUGUGGUUUUCAACACAGAGGGUGAAGAUGGUGGGAUUGCAAGCAAGUUUGAGAAGAGCAAACUGCCUGGCUUGCAUGGUGCCGACCAUGAGAAGAAUAUGGAGGUGCCCACAAGAACAAAUGAGAAUGGUGAUAUGGAUAAUAGUAAUGCCCCAAUCUAUGAUAGGACCCCUCCAAAGCCACGAUCAGUUAGGAGAAGGCCUGCCAUGAAAUCUUUAACUCAAGAUCAUAAAGAAUCAUCUCGAGAUGAUGACCAUAUUGCUAGGACAGCAAUGCAACAUGAUAGAGAUGAGAAUGGUGUUCGUAAUCCUGAAUAUGAGGAUGGCUAUCAUAAAGAGAAAGAAAAUGAAAAUAAUUCUCGUAAGGAGAGAGUCAGAGAUGAGAUUCAGGUUCGUCAAGAAUAUGAGGGUGGUUCUCGAAGAGGGAGAAGCAGAGAUGAGAUCCGGCUUCAUCAAGAAUAUGAUGAUGGUUCUUGUAGAGGGAGAGACAGAGAUGAGAGAGUUCAUCAAGAGUAUGAUGAUGGUUCUCGUAGAGGGAGAAACAGAGAUGAGAUUGGAGUCUGUGAAGGACACCAUGAUGGUUCUUAUAGAGGGAGAGACAGAGGUGAGAUUCGGGUUCUUCAAAAAACCAAAGAUGGUUCUCAUAGAGAGAGAGCCAGAGAUGAGAUUUCGGUUCCUCAAGAACAUGGGGAUGGCUCUCGUAGGGACAGACACUCUAGGAGAAGUCAGAGGGUACAAGAUGAGAAACGAUACACCCAUGUUGCCCAUGAGUCCAAUGGCCAUGAUAUUGACGACGAUGAGAUGAUGAUGGACGAUCUAUUGAUACUCUAUAGUCAGAAACAACCUUCUAGUGGGGCUGGCAGGGCAAAAGCAAGGGAAAAGACUUCAACUUAUCGCCAUGAUGAUGUCGAGAAUUCAAAGUCGACGAGGUCAAAGAGAGAGGAUAUCCCUCAUCACCGAACAGUUUCACUACCAUGUGAGCAUGUUACAGCAGAUGAAGAGAUCAGAGGUCCCAUCCGAGCUGUUUCGAUGAAACCCAAUUUCGGUGUUGGUCAUGUGCAUCCUAACCUGCCUGAUUAUGAUGAAUUGGCUGCUCGAAUAGCAGCACUGAGAGGGAAAUAAGAACUAAAGGUUCUCUCUCUCUCUCUCUCUCUCUGUCUCUCUCUCUCUCUCUCUCGCUUGUAGUAUCAUUGUUACAUCCCACGUCAAUUAAGUAUUCUUUGAACGACUGAUUGUUUUUCACCCUGUGUUUGUAUCUUCUCUUUUUCUCACAUUUGUGGGGAAAAAAUGGGGUGUUUGUUUCCACCUUCUGUCUUUUCUUUAUGUGAUGAUGCUUUGACAAUUAAAGGCAACUGUGAUACCCAACCCAAUAAUAUUCAUUUGUUCAGUGU